GUGUACAGCAAAAACAGUAGGGGUUUUUAAUUGAUUUUUAAGGGUAUUCGAAGUUGGUCAUAGGUGGAACAUUCUGAUUACUCUUUGAUUCUGUAGGAGUUGCACUCUGAAGCAAUUGGCAUCACUAAAUCUGUUACACCUAUAUUUCCUGUCAAUAUGAAGAUUUCAAUAAAGAAGUUGCAAACUCAAGAAGAGUUCAAUUUAGAGGUUGAACCUUCUACGAAAAUUAUAGAUAUUAAACGUAGUCUUGCGCUUAAGUGCAACCUAAGGGUUUCGACACAGAAAUUAUUGCACAUGGGAAGGGCCUUACUUGAUGAUGAAACCAUCAGUACAUAUCCUAAUAUUAAGGAUGGUGCCAAGAUACAUCUAUUAAUGAUAAAGCCUGAAGGUCUAGAGGGAGCGGCGAGGUAUUUUAGGGAAAAGGGUAUGUCGGAAGAAAAAGCCAACCGCCUUGGAAAUCGUUUGCAACAGAUAGCAAAAGAAACAUUUAACAAAAUGUCAUGGGAUGAUAUUGAAAGGCUUGCAUUAAACAUAUUGACUUAUGAUCACGUAGAUAUAACUAGACCUCUAUAUACAGAAAUUGGGGGUAAACAUUUAAUAUGACUCAAUGUGAGUGCUCAUUUAUAAAUUCCUAUUUUCUGAUUUUACUGAAGAUAAGUAACAUUCAACUCUUAAUUCAAUGUAUAAUAUAAUUUUCUAAAUUACACAGUGAUGUUGAUGUGAUAAAGAUCAAAAAGAUACUGUCAACCCUAAAGAAUAAAUUUGCUAAAAUUGUAAUAUGUCCCGCACAAUAUAUGUGUAAAAAUUAAUGUUAAACCUUACCGCCAGUCUUUUGAGGAUCAACAUCAACCAUUUGUCAAAAGUCUUGUCUGCUUGUAGGUUGAGUGCAAAUUUUGUACAUUUCAAGUGAUAUGAAGUACACAAAGUGUCAAAUCUCACUAAUCAAUAAGUAACUCACAAUAAUUUGUUAAAUUGUAUUAGUAUAUCACUUAAUUUUUCUUAGUGUAACUGCACCAAAUGUAUAUUUAGUAUUAUAUGUAAAAUUUAAGUUUAUUAAAACAGUAUUAAAAACA